AAUUUAACCAUUACCUAAAUCCGAAGGGAAAUGAGCAAACCUCUCGGAUUGGGUGUCAAGGAAGUGAAGCUUGUGGUUUUGGGGGCUGAGCUCGGAAGGAGAUUAAAAAAAGAGAGAGAGAGAGACAACGCAGUCUCUCCCGAAAGCAACUCAGUUUGAAAACUCGGAGCGCAGUGCCGGUGCCCUGACCCCGCAGGUCUCCGCCUGACUGGGGCAGAGCAAGAACUCGAAGUGACAGUGGGCUGACGGCAGCUCCAGGCAGCGGAGUGGGGACCGCGCCGGACCACCAUGCCGCGUUCGUUCCUUGUCAAGAGCAAGAAGGCUCACAGUUACCACCAGCCGCGCUCCCCGGGACCCGACUAUUCCCUCCGCCUUGAGAAUGUACUGGCGUCAGGCGGAGCAGACAGCACCUCGAGCGCAGGAGGGGCGAAGACAGAGCCCCGGGGUCGUUUGUCCCCCGACUCACAGAUGACUGAGGCCCCUGACAGAGCCUCCGCAUCUCCGGGCAGCUGUGAGGGCAGCGUCUGCGACCGGAGCUCAGAGUUUGAGGAUUUCUGGAGGCCCCCGUCGCCCUCUGUGUCUCCAGCCUCAGAGAAGUCGGUGUGCCCGUCGCUGGACGAAGCCCAACCCUUCCCCCUGCCCUUCAAGCCAUACUCGUGGAGCGGCCUAGCGGGUUCUGACCUGCGGCACUUGGUGCACAGUUACCGGCCGUGCGCGGCCCUGGAGCGCGGCGCGGGCCUGGGCCUCUUCUGCGAGCGCGCCCCGGAGCCAGGCCACCCCGCGGCGCUCUACGGCCCGGAGCGGGCUGCGGGCGGCGCAGGGGCCGGGGCGCCCGGGGGAGGCAGCGCAGGAGGUGGCGCUGCCGGCGGCGCGGGCCUGGGGCUCUACGGCGACUUCGGGCCCCCGGCGGCAGGGCUGUACGAGCGGCCGACGGCGGCGGCCGGCGGGCUAUACUCUGAGCGCGGCCACGGGCUGCACGCGGACAAGGGCGCCGGCGUCAAGGUGGAGUCGGAGAUGCUGUGCACCCGCUUGCUGCUGGGCGGCGACUCCUACAAGUGCAUCAAGUGCAGCAAGGUGUUCUCCACGCCGCACGGGCUCGAGGUGCACGUGCGCAGGUCCCACAGCGGCACGAGACCCUUUGCGUGCGAGAUGUGCGGCAAGACCUUCGGGCACGCGGUGAGCCUGGAGCAGCACAAAGCCGUGCACUCGCAGGAACGAAGCUUUGACUGUAAGAUCUGUGGCAAGAGCUUCAAGAGGUCAUCUACGCUGUCCACACACUUGCUUAUCCAUUCAGACACCCGGCCCUACCCUUGUCAGUACUGUGGCAAGAGGUUCCACCAAAAGUCAGACAUGAAGAAACACACCUUCAUUCACACUGGUGAGAAGCCCCACAAAUGCCAGGUGUGUGGGAAGGCAUUCAGCCAGAGCUCCAACCUCAUCACCCACAGCCGCAAGCACACAGGCUUCAAACCCUUUGGCUGUGACCUUUGUGGGAAGGGCUUCCAGAGGAAGGUGGACCUCAGGCGGCACCGGGAGACACAGCAUGGGCUCAAAUGAGGGCCCUGGCUGGCUGCAAGCAGCAAGCAUUACACAACACUACGGAGGGCAGCCUCCCCACUUGCUAUCAUCCACUUCCGACAUUUCAGGCCCUCGGAGCCAGUCCGAAGAUCCCAGCAGGGUGAGCCCCUUCACCUUACUUCCUGGAACUGCAAGAGGGGAUAAAUUACCUUUACAAAGUUCAGCCCAGAGCGGGAACCAAGUAACUUACUGGGCUGUGAACACGCCGAAUAGGCUCCCCCACACCAGAAGGAAGACUCAAAAGUCAAGAGGGGCUCAGAUAAAAUCCUGGGCUCUGCAGUUCUCAUUCCCAGCCCUGCUCCACAGACAGGACAACCCUUCAGGUUUCUUCCCUUCUCCUGACCUACCCCAGAUACUUGUGUGGAAGAGGAGGAAUCACCAUUUACAAGGUUGACACGUGCUAAUGUUUUUAUCUAGAAUGAAAAAUGAGUGUUACUUUUUUUUUUUCUUUCUGGGGAGUCUGUUAACCCCUUUCUAUUGGGUGCUGCCUGUAAAUCUUGGAAGAAUCAAUUCUCCCACUUGAAGAAUGGUUCAGAAACUGAUUUGGGGAAGGAGUUUCAUACUUUUGAAAUGACAAAAUACGCUGUGCAGCCUGUUUCUUUUUUUUUUAAUUUUUUUUUUAACGUUAAUCUAUUCCCAAGACAGAGAGAGACAGAGCAUGAACGGGGGAGGGUCAGAGAGAGGGAGACACAGAAUCCAAAACAGGCUCCAGGCUCUGAGCUGUCAGCACAGAGCCCGACGCGGGGCUCGAACUCACGGACCUCGAAAUCAUGACCUGAGCCGAAGUCGGCUGCCCAACCGACCGAGCCAUCCAGGCGCCUCCAGCCUGUUUCAAGAGGGAGCAGAAGAAAAAAAAUCACUUGGUGGUGAGAGGAGAGGAGAGCCCUUCCUGCAAGAGGCUUGUGAAGACUUCAUCAGAGCAGCACCUCUGGACAACAAACCAUCUGUUCACUCAGCAAGUGUUUAUUGACCACAGGCUGCAGGCCUAGGUAUCAGGGAGCCAGAGAUUAAAGGUAUGGCCCUUGCCCCUGCCCUUCAAAAGCUAACAGUUGCACCUCCGAGUGGCUGGGUCUGAUUUUUCCCUCCAAAGGAAUUUGGAGAAGACAAAUAGAAUCUUGAACCUUCUUUUCUGACACAUUUGGAUUUUAUCAAGCAUAAACAAACAAAAAAGGCUGAACAGAUACUUCCAAGAUUUGUGUGUAUAUUCAGUUUUUGAUCGUUACACUGAUAUUUUUAAGAUGUCUAAGCUAGCAGGCAUGUGAAGUGAUCUUCCGUGUGUACUAGAAGGACACAAAGUGGUAUUUUUACGUUGAUGAGGUUUGUAAAUGUUUUUAGAUCUUCUGGAGUGCAUUUUGUUUGUUAAUACAUAUUUAUUAGAGUGAUGUUUUAAGUUAAUAAAGUAUUGAGACUCUUACCUAUGGCUUUUCAUUUAGGUAGGGAAUUUGGAAAAGACUUGUUUUAGCCCAUAGUGGGAGUUGGUCCUGAAGAAGCUAUAGUGAGGUAUUAAAAGUAAAGCAGACGAGCCAAUAUCCAGAAGAGAGUAAGAUCCAAUUGCUCGGAUUUUCAUAUGCUUUUCCCUUCUAUACCUCAAAAAUCCUUCUUUCUUAACGGAAAAACUAGGUAUACAAAACUAAGCUCCUGUCUUAUAGAGUCCCUGAUGGUCCUCAUGUACAUAGAUCCUUCUGAGGACCUCAGGGUUGUUUUUGUUUGUUUGUUUUUUGUGUUUUGUUUUGUUUAUAGGUCAGAAGGCUCCCAUAUGAAUAAAGAAAUCACAGUUCUUGGGUCCAGAAAUUGAGUCUUAGUUACAGCUCUGUCACCAACAUGCUGUGUGACUUAGGCAACUCCUUUGGCCUCCCUGAUUCCAGUUUCCUUGACCAUAAAAUGGGGAUAUGGUUCUGUCAUCCUAAUCCAACCCUGCCUGCUUUGAUUCUGUGGAGACUGGAGGGGAUAGAAAGUGUGUGAUAUUGGUUAGUUGCCUCACCUACUGCAAGUCUAAAUAUAAAGAUGCAUCAGGGGAGGGGUAGUAAAAUUGGAAUUUGAAUUAUUUCUGGUCUAUCCCACCUGUGGGAAUUUCUUGCAUGAAUCAGUCCUUAAGAAAAUGAAACUAGAAUAAGGUCCUGCCCUAAAUUCCAACUACCUGUGCUCAUUCUAACAUCUCUCAGCCAAGGUAUGCAUGGCCUGUGGUGACCACCAGUAGAUUGUGCCUUUCGAUUCAAAUCAAUUUCACACAUACUGAUUGAGAGCCUAGUAUGUGCCUGGCACUGUUCUAGGUGGUUGGGUACAGCAGUGAGCACAGUGUCCUAUGGAGCUUUAUUUAUUUUGUCACUGCUGAAUCUUCAGCUCCCAGAACAGUGCCUGUCACACCAAUAGGAGAUCAGUAGGUAUUUGCUGAGGUAGUAGGUAAAUAAGCAGAGAAAAUAAAAUUCUGCUUAACUCUGACCAGCUCUGCUUUCUAGAGCACAAUGGAAAGAUAAAUUGCUUGAAACUUUAGGAAACCAACUGAACACAUAGGACGUUCUCUGAGUUGGUGGGUAAGGGGGCAAGACUGCUUUUCUCCAGUCUCUCUAAAUCUCAGUCCUUGGCUGUGCUUAGUUGGUUUUCAACACCAUGUCUUUCCAUGUCAGUUUACUCUCAUUCAAAAUUUACAUUUGUUUAUAAUGCAGUUGAAGAUAAUUUUCCAGAACUGAUGGUUGAACAGUUACAGCAUCCAGAAACCUCUUCCUAGUGUCCUGGGAAACAAAACUCCCAGGGAAUAAAGAUCACAAAAUGUCCUUCGCACAGAAUUCACUGUGCAUACUGGUUGGUUAUUUCCAACUGGUUUGAAAAGUAAAGAAGUUGGCGUCAAGAGGUAAGUAGACUGAUUGAAAUCUAGUUAUCUGUCCUGUCCUUCUCUGAUGACAUUUAGAACUCUGGGGCCAUUGUCAUAAUCCUUGUUUUUGCUAUAAAUGAGAAGUUGUAAUUUUGAUGUUAACAGUAUGCCUUUUUAAGAAAAAAAUAUAUCUUGAUAUCCUCAGUUCAGAAUCAAAACAAAUUACUGCGCCUGUUACUGUGUGAAAUUUGAAGAUUGCAAAUAUCUCUCUUAAUGUUAUUACUUGCCUCCAUUAAAAAUAGAUUGUGAA